AUGGGGGGACAGGUGAGGCUGCCGCCCGGAGAGCCCUGCCGAGAAGGCUCGGUGCUGUCCCUGAGCUGCCCGAACGCCUCCCAGGCUUGGUGUGCGAUCACACGUGUGUCGCGGCUGCUCGCCUCUCCUGUCCUCUACAGGGGCCUGAAUUCCAGCGGAGCCAACCUGAGUGUUUCUACAGAGAGCAAAUACAGCCUUUAUAUAGGCCUGGUCCUGGCAAUAAGUUCCAGCAUUUUUAUUGGCUCCAGUUUCAUCUUGAAAAAAAAGGGCCUCUUGCAACUGGCCAAAAAGGGUGUCACUAGAGCUGGACAAGGUGGACAUUCUUACCUCAAGGAAUGGCUCUGGUGGGCAGGAUUACUCUCAAUGGGAGCAGGAGAGGUUGUGAAUUUUGCAGCUUAUGCUUUUGCUCCUGCCACUCUGGUCACCUCACUGGGCGCGCUGAGUGUUCUUGUAAGUGCAAUAUUGUCUUCCUACUUUUUAAAUGAGCAAUUGAACAUUCAUGGGAAAAUAGGCUGCAUAUUAAGUAUAUUGGGAUCAACAGUGGUGGUUAUCCAUGCCCCACAAGAAGAGAAAGUUGCUACUCUGCAUGAAAUGGAAAUGAAAUUGAGAGACCCAGGGUUUAUCUGCUUUGCUGUGAUCAUAACUGUGAUCUCCUUGGUACUGAUUUUGGUUGUGGCACCCAAGAAAGGACAGACCAACAUCUUGGUCUACGUGUCAAUCUGUUCAUUGAUUGGAGCCUUCUCAGUUUCCUCUGUCAAGGGCCUGGGCAUUGCCGUUAAGGAACUACUGCAAUGGAGACCCGUUUAUGAGCAUCCCCUGGUCUUCAUUUUGUUGGCUGUACUUGUGCUUUCGGUGACGACACAGAUCAACUAUCUCAACAAGGCACUGGACACCUUUAAUACAUCUCUUGUGACUCCCAUUUAUUACGUGUUGUUCACAUCCAUGGUAGUGACUUGCUCCGCCAUCUUAUUUCAAGAAUGGUACGGCAUGAAUGCUGGAGAUGUCAUCGGGACUUUGAGUGGGUUCUUCACCAUCAUCAGUGGCAUCUUCCUUCUACAUGCUUUUAAAAACAUUGACAUUACCUGGAGUGACCUGACAUCCACUACUCGGAAAGAAGUCCUCUCUGCGAAUGGCAGUGAAGACAAAUAUGUCUUACUAGAGAACACAGACUAUUCAGUCCCGGGAUUCGAUGAUGACAUUACCUUGUAUAGCAGGACUAGUCAAAAUCCCUAG